CUGGGAUCGGUGUUGUACAAGUAGUUUUCCUUUAUGAUAUUUCAGUACGCUUUUUGAUCUCUGGAUCAAAUAUUUGUGAGCGCAAUGGGCACACUUACAAACUUUCUCCUCUUCAGCUUUGUCGUGGGUUCUGCUCAGAGUAAGGUGAUUUUAGAGCCGGACAAUCCAUACGUGAGGGUGGAGGUUCAUCACCGAGUUGUGCUAAAGUGCUGUUUUACUUCAACGGCUGAAUUGGGACACACUUGGAUCAAACGCACUGCCAAAGCUGUCAAAAAUGUGACUGAUUCAGACCAUGUGACUAUCGACAAGAGACUCGGUCCCAGUAAAUGUGGCUCCAUAACCUUUGAGCGAGUCCAGCUGAAAGACUCUGGGCUGUACCAGUGUGUUCUGGGGAAGGGUGAUAUCUUAUCCCAUGGCACCUACCUGCAGGUCUUCAAGUACCUGGAGAAGACAAUAAACAUAGAAGAGAGCACCAAAAACAAGAUCCUGAUGGCUGAGGGAGUCUUACUGCUCCUCUGUGUGCUUGUGCCGUCUUGCACCCUUCUCUUCAAGUCAAAGAGACUGAACCAACUGGAGAAGAAGAAAGUGAAGAAGGAAGAGGAAAACAUAUACCAGGGGCUGAAUCUGGACGAGUGUUGGUCCACAUAUGAUCAGAUCGAGCGGUCCCAGGCACAUGGCCCGUACCAGGAUGUGGGCAACGUUAAGGAGGAAGAGGAGCAAAUCCAGCUGGAGAAACCCUGAAGAAAAUUGGAGAGAAUGAGAAAGGGGAAGGAGAAAGAGAGAGUGUUUUGAGUGUAUUUUGAGAGCUGACGUCUAUCUGUGUGAUAUCUGAAUAGCAGGUUCAUUCUUCACUGCGCAGUUUUGUACAUAGCCUGCAGGUACAGUUUCAGCAUCUGAUAACAUAUUGAUCAAACAGCUUGUUUAAUUUCAGACUGAGCGUUGUUUUUUGACCUUGGAAACAGCAGUUGACGGAGCAAUCUCAACACUGGGUCCCCGCAGUCAGGGCCAUAGCCAGGAUUAUAGAAAUAUUAAGAGACAUUCAGCCUUAUUUUAAGUGUGUUGUCUACUCAAAAUUGUACCAUUUUAAAGAGUCUAUAGAAAAUAAUCAUGUCUGUCUUUUUAUGAGUAUAACCUAAAAUGAUUAAUUAGAAACUACCCUUCAUGAUCCCAAAUUCCUCAACAGAGCAAAACAAAACAGAGAAACGAUAGAGGACAUGUCUCCUGUGUCCUCAAACAGUAGCUGUAGCCCUGCACUCACUACCAGUUCUGAGCUUGCUAAGGUAACACAUGAUCUUCCUGUGCAAAUAGAGUCGCCCCUAGUCAUGGCAUUAGACUCAAAUUCAAGCCAACACGGAUGAGAAGUCCUUGAAGUCAAAGGCAUAGGUUGUAUUUCAACAUUGGAAGGGACGCAACUGAAAUAGGGGCUUAAGGUGCUCAACCAGAAAAUAUUGGGCAUCAAACACUUAAACCCCUUUUACACUAAAAGUCGCCUAUUUAAAUAUUUGAAAACCCACAAAAAUAGGCGAUACACUCUGAUACACUCUACACUCAGCUCUGCAGCAGACGAGUGUGUAUCAUGUUCAACAUCACAGACAGGCCGGAAAUGGUUGGUACACAAUAGAAAGCAGCAUGGAAGCCAGUGAAAAUGUUACAGUGGUUACUUAUUUUUAUGUCUUACUUAGUUAGUCUCUAUCUCAAACUCGGUGCAGACUAAUUUGGACAGAUGUUGGAGCACUGCUAGGGUGGAAACGGACAGUGUCAUGUGUGGCAGGUCAUUGUAUCACUCUGGUAAGCCAGGGCUGAUAAAUACCUGUGAGUACUGCAGAGUCAUUUGACGCGGGUGUGAAUCCCAGUUGUAACCUUUCCUCCUUUCCCAUUACAUACAAAAGCCAGAUGUUAGCAGGUGUUUUGUGCAGUGGGAAAUGAGCUUUAAUUUCCUGCAUUCUGGUGAAUUUAAUGCCCCAGUUGGUGCCAUUUCUUAAUUUUGUCCACUAAAAGUCUUCAGCUUCUUUUAUGUUUUUAUUAAGGGGGAGUAAGUGCACAUGUUCAAAUAUCACCUAUGCUUAAAAAAAGUCAGCACCUAAGUUUCAUAACAACCAAGCAGCUCUAUCUGCUGAGGAAGAUUGUGUGAAAGCUCCAGAACAGCUUCUGAGUUGGGCUGGUGGUGAGAUUGUUUUGCUGUCAGUUUAUUUAAUGUUUUUAACUAAAAAAUCUAUAAUUAAUUUCUUGCAUUUUACUUAAGAUUUAAUGUUGUUUGACAGUGUAUUUGCUUUCAGCUAUUUCUGUGGGUGCUUAAAGAGUAAAGUUGUGUGAAGAAAUAAAUAAAUCCAGCAACG